AUGGCCUCCGCCGCGCCCCAGGAGCUGAAGGCUACGGAGCUGUACAACAGGCUCCAGAACGAGCAACAGGUUGUCAAAGACUUUUGGGUCCACAUCGACUCGUCAUCGCCCUUGGAGAAGUAUCCGGCCAAACAGCACGCACAGAGGGUGGCCCAGAAACUCAAAGCCUCGAAAGGGCUUAUCUACCUUCCGGGUGCGCCGACGGAGUAUGAGGAGGAUAGCGACCAGCCAAAGCCUUUCCGGCAGCGGAGGUACUUCUACUAUCUAAGCGGCGUCAACGAAACAGACUGUCAUCUUGCGUAUGACAUAAAUGAGGACACUCUCACACUCUUCAUUCCGAAGAUCGACCCAACAACCGUCAUCUGGAACGGCCGCGGAUCUACCCGAGCGGAAGCUUUCGACAAGUAUGACGUAGACGAAGUCCAUUUUACGACUUCAGUCUCGAACUUUGUCAAAGCCUGGCCGCUUAGCCACGAGGGCGACAUAUACAUCCUUCAUCCGGACCAAGCUGCCAUACCGGGCCAAGAGAAGCAUCCGCGUGUGGAUCAUGAGAAGCUGCAGCUGGCUAUCAAUUCCGCCCGGAUGAUCAAAGACUCCCACGAAAUCGGUCUAAUCCGCAAAGCUAACGAGAUAACGGCCAAAGCACAUCGCGAAGUACUUCUCAACAUUCUGAAAUUCAAGAAUGAAUCUCAGGUUGAAGCUAUAUUCCUCGACGCCUGUGUCGCUGAAGGGGCUAAGCAUCAGGCAUACGAAGUGAUCGCGGCAUCGGGCGUCAAUGCAAGCACCCUGCACUACAUUAAGAACGAUGAACCGCUCAAAGGCCGACAGAUGAUGUGCUUGGAUGCAGGCUGUGAGUGGGAGUGCUACGCGAGUGAUGUCACCAGAUCAUUCCCGUUGUCAGGAUCUUGGCCAUCUAAAGAGGCAAAGCAAAUCUACGACUUGGUACAGACAAUGCAGAAUUGCUGCAUCAAGCGACUAGCCCCCAGAGUUCGGUAUUUGGAUCUGCACAUCCUCGCCCAUCAAAUCGCAAUCGGUGGCUUGUUGGCCCUGGGAAUCCUCCACAAUGGUUCACCCGAAGAAAUCUACCGCGCCGGCACCUCGAGAGCGUUCUUUCCUCACGGUCUGGGCCACCAUAUUGGUCUUGAAGUCCACGACAUAGGCCAACGGGAGCUAAUGUCGUUAUCGGAGGACGAAAUUUUCGAUUCCAGUAAUGCUCAAGCAAGCUCCAAAUACUCCCCCAACUAUCAUCUCCCGGUCUUUAACUCUGGACUCUGCUUGUCACCAACGGAUCCCCAGAGUCCCGCUCUGGAAGAGGGUAUGAUAGUCACUGUGGAGCCUGGAAUCUAUUUCUCGCUAUACGCACUCGAAACUCUUUACCUCCCAUCGCCAGUCCAUUCCAAGUACAUCAAUAAAGAUGUACUUUCGAGAUACAUACCCGUCGGCGGUGUGCGGAUUGAGGACGACAUUCUCAUAACAGCAAGGGGAUAUCAGAACUUGACAACUGCUCCAAAGGGUGAAGAGAUGCUGAACAUCAUCAAGAGUGAAGCAAAACGCAAUGCUCCAGAGAAAGAUGCUUCCAUCACCACGACUGCUCCUGUGGGCCGUUUUGGAAAGUCUUCCUUGGAAACAUUCGUCGAGCCCUCACAGCCUUCGCCUCUGAUGCAGAAGCCAGCGCCACGCAUGAGAGGGACUGAUGCCUGUCGCUAUUGCAGAACUCGGAAGGUAGGAAACACCAUGAUCUUGUGGACUUCUAAUGACUUAUUAGAACAUUUACUAAUUUCUACAGUUACGAUGCUCUCCCCCAGCAAUACCCGAUGA